AUGGAUUUAGUUCUAGAGUUCUUUGACUCUUACGGUCUCGAUUAUGCGUAUGCCAAGGCUCUUCCAGCCUCCCUGGCGUCAAACUUCCCACCACAAUGGCAGAACAUGCUCGACAUCAAUUCCGGUGUUAGCAAUGCAACUUCUUUGUUGCAAGAGAUAGCAGGAAAAUCUGUCGGAAGCGGAAAAGAUGUGUACGGUUACGCUCCUUACCUGUUCCACAUGUCUGAAUACACUUUCGAGUCCCUGUUGCCUCGUUACAACAUGCUCAGACAGCUGUUAUCACUGUUCGUGAUCACGACGUUCUUUGGCUGGGUGCUAUAUUUUGUCAUGGCUACCUUUUCAUAUGUCUUCGUAUUCGACAAAGCUAUGUUCAACCAUCCUCGUUAUUUGAAGAACCAAAUGUCUUUGGAAAUCAAGCAGGCCUUUAACGCUAUCCCAUUCAUGGUGUUGUUGACCAUUCCAUGGUUUUUGCUCGAGUUGAGAGGAUACUCUAAGCUUUAUAUGAACAUUGACUACGAGAACCACGGUAUUCGCCAAUUUUUCUUGGAGUACUUCUACUUUUUGAUGUUCACCGAUUGUGGUAUCUACCUAUUGCACAGAUGGUUGCACUGGCCAAAUGUGUACAAGGCUUUGCACAAGCCACACCACAAAUGGCUAGUCACAACUCCUUAUGCUUCUCAUGCUUUCAACCCAGUUGACGGUUAUUUCCAAUCUCUUCCAUACCAUGUGUACCCAAUGUUGUUCCCAUUGAACAAGGUCUCUUACUUAAUUUUGUUCACAUUCGUUAACUGCUGGACUGUUAUGAUUCACGACGGUGAAUACUUGGCCAACGACCCAGUCAUUAACGGUGCUGCUUGCCACACUGUACACCAUCUAUACUUCAACUACAACUACGGUCAAUUCACCACCCUAUGGGACAGACUAGGUGGUACUUACAGAGAGCCAGACAAGGAAUUGUUCAACAAAUCCCUAAAGAAAAGCACAAGAACCUGGGAAGAACAAGUUAAGAAGAUGGAGGUCAUCAAGAAGCAGGUCGAAGGUGAUGAAGAUGACAGAGUUUACGGUACUGAAGAGAAGCUUUUGAAGAAGAACAAAUGA